AUGGCUUUAGCCCGGCUCUGCGCCCUGCUCGCCUGCUGCUGGGGGCCGGCGGCGGUGCUGGCCACGGCCGCCGGCGACGUGGAUCCGUCCAAGGAGCUGGAGUGCAAGCUCAAAAGCAUCACGGUGUCGGCGCUGCCCUUCCUGCGCGAGAACGACCUGAGCAUCAUGCACAGCCCCUCGGCCUCCGAGCCCAAGCUCCUCUUCUCGGUGCGCAACGACUUCCCCGGAGAAAUGGUCGUGGUGGACGACCUGGAGAACACCGAGCUGCCCUACUUCGUGCUGGAGAUCUCAGGGAACACAGAGGACAUCCCUCUGGUGCGCUGGAGGCAGCAGUGGCUGGAGAAUGGCACUUUGCUUUUUCACAUCCAUCACCAAGAUGGUGCCCCAAGCCUCCCUGGGCAAGACCCAACUGAAGAACCCCAGCAUGAGUCUGCGGAAGAGGAGCUGCGGAUCCUCCACAUCUCAGUCAUGGGUGGCAUGAUCGCUCUGCUGCUAUCCAUCUUGUGCCUGGUGAUGAUCCUGUACACUCGCCGGCGCUGGUGCAAACGCCGCCGGGUCCCCCAGCCCCAGAAAAGUGCCAGCGCCGAGGCAGCCAACGAGAUUCACUACAUCCCUUCAGUGCUGAUCGGCGGGCACGGGCGCGAGAGUCUUCGCAAUGCCCGCGUGCAGGGCCACAACUCCAGCGGCACCCUGAGCAUCCGGGAGACACCCAUCCUGGAUGGCUAUGAGUAUGACAUCACUGACCUGCGCCACCACCUGCAGAGGGAGUGCAUGAACGGAGGGGAGGACUUUGCCAGCCAGGUUACCCGCACCCUUGACUCUCUGCAGGGCUGCAAUGAGAAGGCCGGGAUGGACCUCACACCAGGCAGUGACAAUGCCAAGCUGUCACUGAUGAACAAGUAUAAAGAUAACAUUAUUGCCACCAGCCCCGUGGACUCUAACCACCAGCAGGCCACCCUGCUCUCUCACACCUCCAGUAGCCAGAGAAAGCGGAUCAACAACAAGGCAAGAGCUGGUUCCGCCUUCUUGAACCCUGAAGGGGAUUCUGGCACAGAGGCAGAGAACGACCCCCAGCUGACCUUUUACACAGAUCCCUCAAGGAGCCGGAGGCGCAGUAGAGUGGGUUCUCCCCGAAGUCCUGUGAACAAGACCACCUUGACCCUGAUCAGCAUCACUAGCUGUGUGAUCGGCCUGGUGUGCUCCUCCCACGUCAGCUGCCCUCUCGUUGUCAAGAUCACCCUGCACGUCCCUGAGCACCUGAUCGCCGAUGGGAGUCGCUUCAUCUUGCUGGAGGGGAGCCAGCUGGACGCCAGUGACUGGCUGAACCCUGCCCAAGUGGUUCUCUUCUCUCAGCAGAACUCCAGUGGGCCCUGGGCCAUGGACCUUUGUGCCCGGAGGCUCCUGGACCCCUGUGAACACCAGUGUGACCCUGAAACUGGGGAGUGCCUCUGCUAUGAAGGUUACAUGAAGGAUCCUGUACACAAGCACCUUUGCAUUCGGAAUGAAUGGGGGACCAACCAGGGGCCUUGGCCUUACACGAUAUUUCAGCGAGGCUUUGACCUGGUUUUGGGAGAGCAGCCCUCUGAUAAAAUAUUCAGAUUCACCUAUACCCUUGGGGAGGGCAUGUGGUUGCCCCUCAGCAAGAGCUUUGUGAUUCCACCAGCGGAACUGGCUAUCAAUCCAUCAGCAAAAUGCAAGACAGACAUGACUGUGAUGGAGGAUAUAUCUCCCCACAGAGAAGAGCUGAUGACUUCAUCCUCUUUCGACAGCCUGGAGGUUCUCUUAGAUUCCUUUGGGCCCGUGCGUGACUGCAGCAAAGAUAAUGGGGGCUGUAGUAAGAAUUUCCGCUGUAUUUCAGAUCGCAAGCUGGACUCCACUGGUUGUGUGUGCCCAUCCGGACUCAGCCCCAUGAAGGACAGUUCGGGCUGCUAUGACCGCCACAUCGGGGUGGACUGUUCCGACGGCUUCAACGGCGGCUGUGAGCAGCUGUGUCUCCAGCAGAUGGCCCCCUUCCCCGAUGACCCCGCCCUGUACAACAUCCUCAUGUUCUGCGGGUGAGUUGAGCUGCCAGGGAGGGCGCCUGGAGUACCCCUGUCCCAGGACACCGGUCUUUCAGUGCUAAAACCCGGAAGGCAAAACAACUUUGCUCGUGGUUUAGAUCAGCAACUGCCAGAUGGUCUUGUGGUGGCCACCGUCCCCUUGGAGAAUCAGUGCCUGGAGGAGAUCUCAGAGCCCACCCCUGACCCUGACUUCCUGACUGGGAUGGUGAACUUCAGCGAAGUGUCUGGAUACCCUGUGCUGCAGCACUGGAAGGUCCGCUCUGUGAUGUACCACCUCAAACUCAAUCAGGUUGCCGUCUCUCAGGCACUCAGCAAUGCUCUCCACUCGCUGGACGGGGCUACGACUCGUGCAGAUUUCGUGGCUCUGUUGGACCAGUUUGGCAACCAUUACAUCCAGGAAGCUAUCUAUGGCUUCGAGGAGUCCUGUUCCAUCUGGUACCCGAACAAGCAGGUCCAGCGGCGACUCUGGCUGGAAUAUGAAGACAUCAGUAAAGGCAACUCCCCAUCCGAUGAGUCAGAGGAGCGAGAAAGAGACCCCAAGGUGCUGACGUUCCCAGAGUAUAUCGCCAGCCUGUCAGACUCUGGCACCAAGCGCAUGGCAGCUGGAGUCCGCAUGGAGUGCCAGAGCAAGGGACGAUGCCCCUCAUCCUGCCCCCUCUGUCAUGUGACAUCCAGCCCUGACUCCCCUGCCGAGCCAGUCCUGCUGGAGGUGACCAAAGCAGCCCCCCUCUAUGAACUAGUGACCAACAACCAGACCCAGAGGCUCUUGCAGGAGGCCACCAUGAGCUCUCUCUGGUGCUCAGGGACAGGAGAUGUCAUCGAGGACUGGUGUCGGUGUGACUCCACCGCCUUUGGAGCCGAUGGACUCCCCACCUGCGCGCCUCUCCCGCAGCCCGUCCUGAGACUCUCCACAGUUCACGAACCCAGCAGUACCCUCGUGGUCCUCGAAUGGGAGCACUCAGAGCCACCGAUUGGGGUACAGAUUGUAGAUUACCUCCUCCGUCAAGAGAAAGUCACUGACAGAAUGGACCACUCUAAAGUGGAGACAGAAACGGUGCUGAGCUUUGUGGAUGACAUCAUCUCUGGAGCAAAGUCUCCUUGUGCCAUGCCAUCGCAGGUGCCAGACAAGCAGUUCACCACCAUCUCUCUGAUCAUACGAUGCCUAGAACCGGACACCAUUUACAUGUUUACCCUGUGGGGAGUGGACAACACAGGACGGCGUUCCAGGCCAAGUGACGUGAUCGUGAAGACCCCUUGUCCCGUGGUGGAUGAUGUCAAAGCUCAAGAAAUAGCAGACAAGAUCUACAAUCUCUUCAAUGGCUAUACCAGUGGGAAGGAGCAGCAGACGGCCUACAACACCCUUCUGGAUCUGGGUUCCCCCACCUUACAUCGAGUCCUCUACCACUACAACCAGCAUUAUGAGAGUUUUGGAGAAUUCACCUGGCGGUGUGAGGAUGAAUUAGGCCCCAGGAAGGCAGGCCUCAUCCUUUCCCAGCUUGGGGACCUCAGCAGUUGGUGCAAUGGACUCCUUCAGGAACCCAAGAUAAGCUUGCGACGAAACUCGCUCAAGUACCUGGGCUGCCGCUACAGUGAGAUCAAGCCCUACGGACUGGACUGGGCCGAGCUCAGCCGGGACCUCAGGAAGACAUGUGAGGAGCAGACCCUGAGUGUCCCCUACAACGACUAUGGGGACAGUAAGGACAUGUAG